AUGGCCGGCGGCGAGCAAGAAACUGAGCGUGAAACUCGGGCUAAAUCACUCGCGUUGAUUAAACGCACUACUGUGGUGUCGAACAUUAGGGCAAUCCAUGCUAUGGCGUUAUGCGUCAAAAACGAACCCGACUUAGUUCCCCAAUUUUUAGUUGCCGUAACUGAUUUAGAUAGUUUAUGGAACCAGUUUAAGCUCGAGGACGAAUCGGUCUUGAACAGUUUAGUUAAAUUAAACGAAGUGACAGAUUAUGAUGUGGGCCUACCCGCGGAGGUUCGGGGGCUUAUUACGGCGUCAAAGGCAAUGACAGAUCAGGUUACCCAGACACCGGCUGAUAACCCAGGGAAAUCGUACUCGCGCUUACCCGAGAUCCCGUUACCUACGUACGAUGGCGAUCUCCGGGACUGGAUCACGUUUCGAGAUAGUUUUACGACACUAUUAAACAAAUGGCCCAAUCUAUCCGAUAUUGAUAAAAUGUAUUAUCUCGUAGGCAGUUUAAAAGGUGAUGCGGCGGAAGCGGUCCGGGGUAUACCGUUGUCGGGCGAUAAUUACCGUCUGGUGUGGUCUACGUUGACAGACCGUUUCAAUCGUCCGCGUCUAGUCGCCACGUCACUUGUCGACAAUUUGUUAAAUGCGACGAAUAUGUCGCAAGAGUCUUAUCAGGAUUUAAACCAGUUUAUAUGUACUUUUAAUCGAAAUAUUGCGUUAUUAGACGCGCUUAAAAUACACGAUUUAGGGUCGUUUAUGUUAUUCUCAAUAGCUUUUAGGUGCCUGCCUAUUGUAACCCGACGUUUGUUCGAGGCUAGUAGCUCGACUGAUUACCCGACUGCAAAUCAGUUAAUAGAUUUUCUCCGGUCCCGGGUGGCCGUAUUGGAAGUUGCAGGUGAUUCGCACAAAAGCACCCCCUCUGCAGCCGCGUCGUCCAAAUUUGGGAAACCGACUGGCCAGUCUCGCACGGGGGGAGAACGGUCCGGGAAGCCACAGGGCUAUCGUCCAACGUCCCUGGUCACGGCUAAGUCAGGUAGUGUUUGUCCCUGUUGUUCGGAGUCUCACAAUCUAGCGGCGUGCACAAAGUUUAAAUCAUGGCCUGUUGACGAGCGGUCGCGUUGGACUCGUGAACAUAAAUUGUGCUAUGUAUGUUUUAGUGCCGAUCAUUGGGCGCCUAGAUGUAGGUCAAAAAUUAAUAGUAGUGAGUGUUCGCGUAGACAUCAUUAUCUACUUCAUGUACCCGCCGGAGAACGGCACGAUAAACCGGAAACCCCGUCACCCGUAUCCGCACCCGCGUCAUGUUGUGCAUCUGUACAACGGCCGUCGCCGCAACAAUCGCCAGCUGUGAUGUUAGGCACCGCCAUUGUUCAUGUUCGCGAUCGGUCCGGCUCGUGGCAGACCAUGCGGGCGCUGGUCGAUUGUGCAUCGCAAAUUAGUGCUAUCACGGCUGCCUGUGCCGAUAGAUUAGGUCUCAAACGGUCGCGCUGGACAGCUCCGAUAAGUGGUUUGUCGGGAGUUGCAGUAAACAAUGUACAAGGCCGUGUUGAGUGUACUGUACAUCCGCGAUUCGCGUCCGAGCCCGCGUUAGCCGUACACGCAUGGGUGCUGCCUACGAUAACGAACGAAUUACCUACCAAAACGUUAGCCGCUGACAUUAAGGACAGGUACUCCAAUUUAGCGUUAGCGGACCCGUCGUUCUAUGUGUCGUCCCCUAUUGACUUGUUAUUAGGCAGUGACGUGUUUUCGUCUAUUAUGGACGGCCGUAAGAUUUCGGUUGACGACGCGUUACCGUCGGCGUUUAGUUCUGUUUUCGGCUGGAUUUUAAUUGGUCCGGUGUCCGGUGAUGAGACCGGCCCGCGACAAUCCUUGCCAGUUUCGUUAACUGUUUCCAUUGAGGGACUCAUGGAAAGAUUUUGGCACGUUGAGGAGCCAGAGGUAGCGCCUGAAACGUUUACUGAUAAUGGGCGGUGCGAACAAAUUUUUGUCGACGAAACAAUACGUUUAUCGACUGGUCGAUUUUCCGUCCCGUUGCCGUUCCGUGUGCCGUCUUCGGACGAAUUGUUUGGGGCGCGGGCGUCCCGCGAUGUUGCGGUACGGCGUUUCGAGUCGCUCGAACGCAAAUUAUCCGCGGAUCCAUUAUUAAAAUCAUUGUAUACUCAAUUUAUGUCCGAAUAUAUAUCGUUAGAACAUAAGUCGGUUGCCACAUCCCCGGGGUGCUACUUCAUUCCGCACCACGCUGUAUAUCGCCCGGAGGUCGACAUUAAUAAAAUUCGCGUAGUUUUCGACGCGUCUGCGAAAUGUGGCCGCGGGCCGUCAUUAAAUGACUGUUUGUUUCCGGGGCCUAAGCUCCAACAGGACAUCGUAGACAUCCUAACGCGGUUCCGCGUACAUAAAUACGUUUUUACGACCGACAUCUGUAAAAUGUAUCGGCAAGUAUUGAUUUUGCCGAAAUAUCGUAAAUUUCAACAUAUUUUGUGGCGAGCGACGCCACAUGACAAACUGCUAGAAUACGAAUUGAAUACGGUCACGUACGGCGUUAAUUGUGCGCCGUACCUCGCGUUGCGCGUGUUACAGUCGAUUACUUCCGACGAUUGCACUGAGUCCGAGUGGGUGCGUAACGCAUUGACGCGCCAAACUUACGUCGACGACAUAUGUGACGGGGCUGAUACUAUUGCUGAGGUAUUAAAACUACAAUCCGAUUUGAUUUGUGUGUUGAAUAGGUCUGGUUUAGAACUUAAAAAAUGGUCGUCGAACACUACGUCGGUUUUAGACGCAGUGCCGGCCGCGAACCGUGUGCACGCACCUACGCCGUUCGAAACGGUCGACGGUCAGGGUACCAAGGUAUUGGGUUUAGAAUGGCAUCCCGACGGGGAUUACUUGCGUUGUGCGUUAAAUCUUGAACAAUCACCUGUAUAUACUAAACGUGGUAUUUUAUCUUUAGUAGCUCGAAUAUUCGACCCGCUUGGGGUGUUCGGUCCCGCGGUGUUUUUAGCCAAGUUCAUCAUGCAACGGACCUGGCUUCGUGGUUUGACGUGGGAUGAACCUCUUUCUCCGGACAUUCAUGAUGAAUUGGCAGCUUUCGUCGCUGAUUUACCAUCGUUAAUGUCUAUUCGCGUCCCUCGACAUUUUAACUCGCGCCGGAAUGCCCCGUGUUAUUUAUUAGGAUUUUGCGACGCGUCGCAACGUGGCUAUGCAGCUGUUGUGUACUUGCGGAUGGUUGAGGUGCCCGUAGGGGAUUCUGUUUUUUUGGUUGGUACUAAGACUAAAUUGGCAUCAACAAAAUCUAUGACUAUCCCCCGUCUCGAAUUAAAUGCCGCACUGCUGUUGGCCCGGUGGCUAAACCGCAUCCGUGGCAUUUUAGCGGCGCAACUUAAUAUCGUUGAUAUUCGAGCCUGGUCGGAUUCGAUGAUCGUGCUAUCUUGGUUAAAGGUUCCCCAUGAGUCGGUUAAAGUUUAUGUUUCGAAUAGAGUGCAUAAAAUCCGUACGCUGUUACCGGAUUGCCGGUGGCAACACAUUGAAUCGGUCAAUAACCCCGCCGACUGUGCGUCCCGUGGUGUGAUGCCAGCGGUGUUAUCGCAACUUAAUUUGUACUGGCAUGGCCCACAGAUAGCGUACGACGACCCAUCGGCAUGGGACGAUUCUCGUCCGUCGCUACCUCUGUGUGAGUUACCUGAAUUGCGAUUUGCAUCGUGCGCUGCCCUCGUUGCCGACGUGCCUAAUGAAUGGUUUACACGAUUUUCAAAUUAUGACCGUAUGUUGCGCGAAGUCGCGUAUAUGCGCCGUUUCAUCGCGCUCUGUCGACGAAAGAUUGGUCGUAUGGACGGUCCCAUUUAUUUACGUAAAUGUGAUCUGGAUAGUGCGGCGCAAUUGUUGAUCGUCGAAUCACAGCGUGUGCAUUUUCCCUCAUUACUCGGUGAGCUGUCACGCGGUACGCGGGUAUCAUCCAGACCGUUAGCGCGGCUGUCUCCGUUCAUUGACCCCGACGGUGUGAUCCGCGUCGGCGGUCGGUUGCGUCAUUCGUUAAUCGCGUACGAUUGCAAGCAUCCAGUGUUGUUAUCAAAAAGCUCGCAUUUCGCCUUGUUAUUAUGCCGGCGGUGGCACUUGUUGACGUGUCAUGCCGGCCCGCGAGCUUUAACAGCGUUAAUAUCGCGUCAAUUUUGGGUUGUAUCGCUCCGGUCCCUUUUACACAAGAUACUGACAAAUUGUACUAUUUGCGUCAGAUUAGACGCGCGACCAUUGCAGCCGUUAAUGGCAGAUUUGCCCCGUUCACGAGUGCGUCCGCGGCGCCCUUUCGAAAGCGUAGGCGUAGAUUACGCGGGGCCGUUACAGAUGCGUGAGUUACAGCUACGAAAAUCCCGCGUGUUUAAAAUUUAUAUAGCCGUAUUUGUGUGUUUUUCCACCAAAGCGGUUCAUCUUGAAGUUGUUUCGGACCUAUCCACAGACGCGUUCCUCGCCGCAUUCGAUCGCUUUGUCGCCCGCCGAGGCUUACCUAGCGAUGUAUUUUCGGAUUGCGGCACUAAUUUUGUAGGGGCUGACAGGCAAUUGCGGUCGCUCAUUCACAGUGCGGAGGGCCAAGCAGCUAUCGGCAAUGCACGUGCCACAUAUUGUGAUUGGCAUUUUAAUCCGCCUAGUGCGCCUCACUUCGGUGGUUUAUGGGAGGCGGCAGUCCGUUCCACCAAGCGGCUAUUGGUACGGGUUAUCGGCAAUCAUAUUUUUACGUAUGAGGAAUUUUCGACGAUUUUGGUGCGCGUCGAGGCUGUACUUAAUUCGAGACCCCUUACACCCGCCUCUACUGACCCGCAUGACCUUGACUGCCUGACGCCAGGACAUUUUUUAAUCGGGCAACCUUUGUUAGCGGUCCCACCCAGGUCAGAUCCGGCGUCCGUGCGUGAUAUGUCCAACCGCUGGAAAUUGUUAGACCAAUGCCAUCAGGCUUUUUGGCGCCGCUGGUCGACAGAAUACUUGACCACCCUUCAGGAAAGGUCCAAGUGGACCACUGAUACCCCGAACCUCAGUGUCAACGACAUGGUCAUAAUCAUAGAUAACCAAAGUCCCCCGUUAUCUUGGCGACUUGGCCGCGUAAUACAAUUGUUACCGGGGACCGACGGUCGGGUUCGUGUUGCCCGUGUGUUGACUCAAGCUGGAGAAAUUGUUCGACCCGUGGUUAAAUUGGUAUUGUUACCUACCGAAUGA